AUGUUGGAUGAUGUUCAAGUGGCUUACUAUGACUCCAACAUGAAUCACUUUAUCUACAGGGGACAACAUAUCACAGACAAAAUCGAGGAUGAUGAAGCUCAGGACGGCGCUCAUGUAUUUGGAGAUAUAUACCAGACCAUGAAAAACAGAUUAUUUAAACUAAAGCACCACUUUAAUCUCACGGAAGGUGUUCAAGUUCAGCAAAAAUUGGCUGGCUGUGAGAUGUUGGACAAUGGUGAACAGGCCUUUGUCAUGUUUAAGGACACUUUCAAUGGCAUUUUUGCAGAUUAUGCGAUGUAUGAUAACGUGACACAUUUUGCAUACGAUGCUGGUAAACUACUACCAGGAUGGGAUGGGAUGAGGAGGGCAUAUGAAAGAGUACUAUUUGAGAAUGUUCACUUUCCCAUUUGCAUCAGAACACUGAAGAGAUUCCUGAAGAGAGAGAAGAAUGUUGUGAUGCGUAAAGUGCCUCCCAGACUCAGGUUGAUAAAGAAAGAGGUUUCUGGAGGGCUCCAGGUGAGCUGCCUGGCGUUUGGUUUCUACCCCCGCCACAUCAACCUGACCCUGCUGAGAGACGGCCAGCCAGUGGCAGAACAGGAGCUGACAGGGGGGCAGGUGCUCCCUAGUGGAGAUGGGACCUACCAGCUGAGGAAGAGUCUGGAGGUCAGUACUGAGGAGCCAAAGAAGAGACACAACUACACCUGUACUGCCUCUCACCUCAGUCUGGACAACAAGCUGGAUGUCAGUUGGGAGUCUGGGGCAGAGAGAGUACACCUAUCCACCCUCUCAGCUCUACUGGUGAUGGUGCUGAUUGUUAUUCUGUUGGGCAUUUUCAUUUGCGUCAAAAGGAGUAGAUUCCUCCCAGUCUAA